AAUAAGAAUUGUCCCAAAAAGCGACUCGGGUGAGUAUUCCACUUCCGAACAGCCAAACACUAUAGAGAUGUUCAAAGUUUGAUGAUUCCGCUUUUGAAGGGACACUUUUUCGAUCUGCAAUAAAAUAUCAAUCGGACACCAAUCCAAGGUUUAUACACUUUUAACUUUAUGAAAUAGAAGCUAUUCAAUUACAAUGUUGCAUCAAAUCUGGGGGGAAAAGGGAAAGCGAAAGGGACACGACACCUAAUUUAAGUAGUUUUUGUAGUUCAUAAGAUUCUAACUUCGGCAUUGUCACUUCCACGAACAACCAUUUGCUGCAUAAAAGAACUUGUUUGACUAGUAAGAAUCAGCUGGAAAACUAUGAAUUAAACAAUCACAAUUCAGACAUUACCAAAAUGUUUACAUAUGGUCAAGAUCCCGAUGUUGUUCGGUGGGGUCUCCAGCUAUUUGAUGGUGGGCCAUAUUGUGGAUAUGGUCCACAAAAUUACACAGAUUGUUAUCAUGAUCAGUAUUCUAGAGAAGAAGCCAGUUAUCACACGGAAUGCAUCACCACAGAAAAUGACAAACUUGCCCUUCAAGAAAACACAUCCCCUUUUUUGGUUGCAGAAGCGUCUACACCUUCUUGUGAAGAAAUUGAUCAUUCACAAUCAUCAUUUUAUCUACAAGAUUCACUUAAUCAGUCUAUGGCAAACUACAGUCUUGAAGAUGAUGAUGAUGAUGAUGAGAACACAAAUGAUAGCCCUACAAGGCAGUUUGACUAUGGGGAGGAAUUGUCUUACUCAUUGGAGUUGAGUGAUGAUGAAGUAGGCAAGAGGCUGAAUCAGAUGGCUUCUGUUCCUCAUAUUCCCAAAGUCAAUGGAGAAAUUCCUUCCUUAGAUGAGGCAACUUUAGAUCAUCAAAGGCUACUCGAUAGGCUGCAGUUAUAUCAAUUAGUAGAGUCUAAAGUUCAAGGGGAUGGAAAUUGUCAGUUUCGAGCAUUGUCAGAUCAAGUUUAUCGUACAACUGAACACCAUCAAUUUGUGAGACAACAAAUUGUAAAUCAGCUUAAAUUACACGCAGAUAUAUACGAGGGAUAUGUCCCUAUGGUUUAUGAUGAUUACUUAAAGAAUAUGGCCAAGGUUGGUGAAUGGGGUGAUCAUGUCACGUUGCAGGCUGCUGCUGAUUUGUAUGGCAUCAAAGUUUUUGUAAUCACAUCAUUUAAGGACACGUGUUAUAUCGAGAUUGUUCCGAGUGUUCAAAGGUCAAAUCGAGUAAUUUUCUUGAGCUUUUGGGCUGAGGUUCAUUACAAUUCAAUACAUCCUGUGGAAGAUAUCCCGAAUAUGAGACCAUGAAGAACUGAUGUGGAAGAUGAUGAUUUGAGUGGUUAUUGCAACUUUCUACUCUCUUCCAGCUUAUUAUAUCAUUAAACAUUCUUGUGAAAUAAUAUACUUUUACUUUUACUCCUUGUUAA